UGAGCCGUGAUGGUGCUGUGAAAUGGCGAGGAGCGGCAAUAUCGAUAUCAGAAGCGUUUUUGAGGGGUACCUGCAAAAAGAACGGCAAUUCGAGCAAGAAAUAGAAGAAUGUAACAAAUUACGUCGCGAAAUACGCAGUAGAAACGUUGUCAGAGUUUCCGACGCGUCCUCGACGAGUCUUCUCGUAAAUUUGGAAAAAUCUCGCGUUCGUAAUCAGACUCUUUUAAAGGAUCUGGAGAUGUCUAGGGCGCGUCUGAGAACUUACGCAUCUUACACGCCUACUGAUGAGGAAUUACAGCAAAUUUCGUCGGCCUACCGGAGCUACCUCCGCAAGAAGCUCCGGGACGCGGAUUCCUGAUGAUGCCGUUACUCUCACGUGACCAGGAGAAAGUCUCCGGUUGAUCGUCGGUUCAACCCGAUAACUCGAGCCGAACGAACAAACUUCCAAAUGAAAAGUUUGUUGAUCGUUGGGAUCGAUGAAUCGGGCUGACUACUGGCGUGCGUGCGUGCGCGCGUAUGUGUGUGUGUGUGUGCGCGCGCGCACAUGUGUAUGUGUGUGUGCGCGCGCGUUAUUCGCUGAUGACUGCGCCUUCGCACGUUGAAUAAUAUAAGAACACCGGAUUGAUUCGACGACUGCAGAUCCAUGGUGAGAAGCGCGCGCUCAAUUUUCUUUCGAAACCUGGAUCUUCCGCACGUGUUCGAGCGAUUGCCCCGAGACGGUAGAUUAUUCUUAACGAAAAAACCACGCUCGUAAUCAAUUUCAUCAUUGAACACGAUGUACAAUGCAAUGUGCGCGAGAUCUGCCGCAUCGUGCGAUGAUACAUUUUUCCGGACGAGAUCCUCGAGCGUACGAGGAGGAGCGCACGCUCGGCUUCCGGCGAAAUAACUAAAAGCUGAAAUCUAACUAGCGAGCUAAUUUGCACUCUAAUCUACUUGUGCAAAGGUCUCCGGGAGCUAAUUACAAUGGCAAAUAGCGUUACCUUUUAAGGCCUGCUUGCGGCGAUCGCUCGCCGUUCGGCGCGAUUCGAUGGAUGAUGGAUCUUUCUCUCUCUCUCUCUCUUUCUCUUUCUCUCUUCAUCGGCGAGCUUCUCGGCGAGGGAUCAAACGCGCGGCGGCAAGAAGACGCGGCGUAAAGGAGACAAGUGCGCACGGACGAGUGCGAGCGCUGGUGAUGUCCCACCUGUCCGUAUGGCCAUAUUCAUAUUCAUUUUCUACGUGUGACCGCACUAUCAUCGCCGAUAAUUACCGGCGCGCACAACGUGUACGGCCUGAUAGGACGGCCACGUUUCAGUAGCUACCUGAGAUAAGAGAGCUCAGGCCAAUAAUUCGCCGCCGGUGAGUCGCGUGUUUUUUUUUUAUUUUGCAGCUGCUUUUUAUGGACGCGAGAGUAUCGCGAAACGACGGGGACGACGACGACGAAAGCAAAAGCGAAAA